UUGAUAAAUUUUUUUAGUUUUUGUGUAAAUUAGUAGAAAUUAUUGAUUAAGGUUUGAAAUGAGUAGAAAUUUCAUGUAUGAUAAUUUAGACAUAGUGUAUUACACGUUUGUUGGCUGAAAAGAAUUAUCAGAGCAUUUUUUGGGGAUUGGUUGGGUACAUUGGCGUCAUUGACGUAGCUUCUGAGUUACAGAAAAUUCCAGAGAUGUAUCUCCGGAAUUUUUCAACGUUUUAGUUUCUUAGAUUCCGGAGAUGCAUCUCCGUAAUUUUCUUAGUAUUUUUUUUCUUGCGUGUGUCGGAGUUUCCUUAGUAUUUUUUUCUUGCGUGUGGUUUUGUUUGCAUGUAAUAAUUGUUUGCUUUACUUUAAUUUACAGACAAAAUGGUUGGUAGACACGAUAGAUUAAGGCACGAGAGGGUUACACAUCACACAUCAGUAUGACGGGAGAAGAGCCAAUAGGUUUCGCAGGCUCCUAGUCCCUCUGGUCAUGCAAAGUCAUCUACUUCUGGGGCUCGUGAUUCUCCUCAUGCUUCUUCAUCUUCUUCUUCCCGUAGGAGACGAGAUUCACCUACUGAUGCAUCACUCCCUUCAUCCCCCUACAUGCGCCAGGUUUCCCCUAUUCAUGCACCUGAGGUACCUGAUUCACCAGUGACACCUCCUACUGUAGAUGUUUCUAAGUCCGCGUCAGCUUCUACUAUUGAUGUUAUUGAUCCAAUGCCACCUCCGGAGGGUGAGACUAUUGUGGAUGCUGAGCUAAAGGCAUUUGGAAGAGACCUUGUAGAUUUGUCAUUACUAUCUCUAUACCCAGACCAUACUGCCAAACAUAUCUGGGAUGAAGAGGAGCGUGAUCAAUAAAAGUUUAGUAACCAUGGGCGGAAGAUUACUGACUUGUCUCAGCCGAAUGAGGAUUGGUUUCAGGCAGUUUUGUCCAUAUCUGGCCUGAAGGACUUGUGCAUGAUCGGUUAUAUUACGGUCAUCCACGAGAUGCUUAAUGCAUUCGUGGAAAGAUGGAACUCGGAGACCUCGUCAUUUCAUCUCCCGCUUGGUGAGAUAUCUAUCACACUCGACGAUAUCUCGUGUUUGCUACAUCUUCCGAUCAGGGGGAUACUCUUAUAUCAUGUGAGGAUUACCAAAGACGAGACACUCGUGAUGAUGGUAGACUAUUUAGGGGCUGACCUAGGGGAGACGAAUGAGGAUCUGGAUAUGACCAAGGAGCUCGUGCUAGAUUUGAAUACUUGAAAAAGGUAUAUAUAGAGGAGCUCCAGAAAGAACAUCAGACUACGGGUGAUGACAAGUAGGUAGGGCUCCAUAGAGCGCAUGUUAUAAGAGCAUACUUUCUAUAUUAGGUUGGGACUAUGAUUUUUAUGGACAAGAGUGCCACUUAUACAGAUGUCGUCUAUCUACGGUACUUCCAGGAUUUCGAGCGGAUCUAUGCGUACAAUUGGGGGGCACUUGUUUGGUCUACCUGUACUCGAAGUUGAGAGAGGGUCGUAUGUGGAAGACGAAGAAGGUCACAUGCAGCGUCACACUACUGACAGAUUGGGUCUUCCAACACUUCCCACGCAUCUUCAGUUGGGUGAGCGUUGAGACUUACAUUGAGGAUAUGCCGCGUGCUACUGUUUUUUACCCGCUCAGAGGGAACCAAGUGACUGAGUCUUUCAAAGUGUAUCUUGAUUAUUUGGUUUCCGAGGACAUGCACUUCAACAACUAUGUCGAUCACCGUCAAAUGCAAUCAUUUGACGAGAUAGUGUUAUACUCUAGAUGGUUGGCCUACGGAUCACAUAUCACUGCUCCUCAUCUUCCCGAGCGCGUCAUGCGGAGGUUUGGAUACACUCAUAUCAUUCCCAGACACCAUGUUGUCUAUGCUCAUUCUACUUUGACAUGUAGACAGAUAGAUGACAUGUUUGAUGAUUAUGAUAGUCUUCUAAUACCGAAAGAGGCACAUAAUAUCAUAGCCGUGAACGACUGGAGCUACGUCGAAGGGUAUAUAAGAUGGUUUUCCAGGGUGUCAAAUCUAUACAUGGUGCAUGCUGCUCCAGGAGACCCACAUAGGUCAGCUCAUCAAGAGAUACCAAAGGAGGAGAAGACACAAUUAAAUCAUGUUAAGGAUGUCUUUCCUAGAUGUUGUCGUAUUAUAGAGAUUGCGCAUGCAUGCAUUGACAGAGCUAUCUUCUCUGAUGGGUCUGAUCUAAGGCAGGUCCUAGAUGCCAUCAUGACGAAGGCAUAUGGGACAUUGAUUUAGCAGAGACAGCAUUGGAGGAUGGGGGGGUUGAUGGUCGAGGAGGAAGAGGCGAUGUAGUCAGACACCACAGUAGUGCAUUAUUAUAUAGUAGUAGUAGUAGUAGUAUGGAUUGAAUUUUAUUUUGACAAUAUGCUACUUUAUCGUUGCUAUUGACUAUUUUGACAUUUAUUAGUCUUUUACUUAUAUAUGACAUUUUUGGACCAUCUGGACUUAUGUACGUCAUUUUUUGCAU